GAGCCCAAAUCGUCGGACCCAAAGGAUACUUCCAUUCCUUUAACCAAAAGCAUCCUUCCUUCAUGUACUAAGUGAUUAACGUGGCAGUCUUGAUCCCCAUCCCAUUAUUGAAUCAUGUCAUAUUGUAUCAUUCAUUCACCAACAAAUUAUUAUUUCUCUCCUCUCUGCAUAUUCUUUUGCUUUACUUGGCUACUGAUCUGAUCGAUCAGUGAUCACUGCGCUUAGAUCUCCCAUGGUUUCUCUCUCUCUACCAUGCCAUCUAUUCCAGACUCCCUGUUCUCCUUUAAAAGGUGGUUUGGUCUGUGCCGGAAUUCUCACUCCAACAGCAACGUUGACGAUGUGGAAUUCUCCCUCUACUCCAUCGAAUGCUAUGCCUGCACCCAAGUGGGUGUUCCUGCAUUCCACUCGACCAGCUGCGACCAGGCCGAUCAACCCGAGUGGGAAGCCUCUGCCGGUUCGUCGCUAGUUCCAAUAAAGUGUCGCCCUAUCAACAAAACAGGAAAGAAACACCGGCCAUCUGGCCCAUUCGGCCGGGUACUGGACCCACGGAGCAAGAGGGUUCAGCGGCUCAACCGAUUGUUCCUGCUGGCACGCGGCAUGUCCCUUGCCGUCGACCCUUUGUUCUUCUACGCUUUGUCGAUCGGCCGGAGUGGGUCGCCGUGCCUUUACAUGGACGGCGGGAUGGCGGCGAUGGUUACCAUCCUUCGCACGUCCGUGGAUGCCGUGCACGUUUUCCACCUCUGGCUGCAGUUCAGAUUGGCGUACAUAUCGAGGGAAUCCUUGGUGGUUGGAUGCGGGAAGCUGGUGUGGGACGCACGCACCAUUUUGUCUCAUUAUAUUCGGUCCAUGAAUGGCUUCUGGUUCGACCUUUACGUCAUACUUCCCGUCCCCCAGGUAGUGUUUUGGUUGAUCCUUCCAAGGUUGAUAAGAGAGGAGAAGAUAAAGAUGAUAAUGAGUGUACUUGUGGUGAUGUUCAUCUUCCAAUUCCUUCCUAAAGUCUACCACACCAUAUGCCUCAUGAGAAGAAUGCAGAAGGUCACUGGUUAUAUAUUCGGCACUAUUUGGUGGGGUUUCGCUCUUAAUCUCAUCGCGUACUUCAUAGCUUCUCAUGUUGCUGGAGGAUGUUGGUACAUCCUGGCUAUACAACGGGUUGUAUCGUGCAUAAGGCAGCAAUGCGACAAAAAAGCCAUUUGUAACCUUUCCUUGGCUUGCUCUCAGGAAGUCUGUUAUCAGUUCAUGAUGCCCGCAAACACUGUUGGUAAUCCAUGCGGUGGUAAUAACUCAUCCACAUCCGUCAGGAAGCCUUUGUGCUUAGAUAUAAACGGACCCUUCAAAUAUGGUAUCUACCAAUGGGCUCUUCCCGUCAUUUCCAACAACUCUAUCAGAGUAAAAAUCCUUUAUCCCAUUUUCUGGGGCUUAAUGACACUCAGCACAUUCGGGAAUGAUCUGGAACCGACGAGCCAUUGGCUAGAAAUCAUAUUCAGUAUAUCGAUGGUGCUUAGCGGGUUGAUGCUAUUCACCCUUUUGAUCGGAAACAUACAGGUGUUCUUGCAUGCAGUGAUGGCAAGGAGGAGGAAGAUGCAGUUGCAGUACAGAGACAUUGAGUGGUGGAUGAAACGGAGGCUGCUCCCGUCUCAACUGAGGAAAAGAGUUCAUCAUUUUGAACGACAUAUAUGGGCUUCCAUGGGAGGAGAAGUAAACGAAAUGGAACUUAUUAAGGAUUUACCUCAAGGCCUCCGAAGAGACAUCAAACGUUACCUCUGCCUUGACCUCAUCAAAAAAGUACCCAUUUUCCAACAACUCGAUGAUCUUAUUCUAGACAACAUCUGCGAUCGCCUCACGCCCAUCCUCUACUCCAAGGACGAGAAGAUUAUUCGAGAAGGGGAUCCGGUGCAAAGAAUGGUAUUCAUAGUGAAGGGAAGGAUAGAAAGAAGCCAAAAUCUAAGUAAAGGUUCAGUGGCCAUCAGCAUGGUAGGACCUGGAGGUUUUCUAGGGGACGAGCUUUUCUCAUGGGGUCUUCGUCGUCCCUUUAUUGACCGACUUCCACCUUCUUCCGCCACUUUCACUUGCCUCGACUCUAUGGAGGCUUUUGGGCUCGACUUCAACCACUUGCGUUACAUAACCGAGCAUUUCCGCUAUAAAUUUGUCACGGAGCGGAUGAAAAGGACAGCCAGGCACUAUUCGUCCAACUGGCGCACGUGGGCUGCGGUCAAUAUCCAACUGGCAUGGCGGCGCUACGUGGCUAGGACUAGCCGGAGGAGGGUUCCCAUGUUGUCGAUGUCGGAGGAGAUCGACGGGGAUAGAAGGCUAAGACAGUAUGCUGCCAUUUUCAUGUCCAUCAGACCUCAUGACCAUCUCGAAUAGUAAAAGCUAAAAGCAUGUAAUAUUAUCUGUAAUCAUUUAAAUGUUUGUUUGUUCU